AUGGGUUGCAAAUGGAGUCGAGUUGCACCAGUAAAAGAACCAAUCCCAGUCAAACAUCCCGUACCUGAUGCCAUUCCUCAACCAACAACACCAUCAAUAACAAACCCAAAUGACUCUGAACAAAAAAAGAAAAAGAAAAAACGUACCAAUUCUUUAACUAAUGAGCACAUUCAAAACGUUAAUGAUAAUCAACAAUUAGUAAAUUCUCUCGUCAAUACACAAAAAAAUCCUAUCAUUGAUACUGUAGCAAACGAUAAUGAUUUUGUUGAAAUUGAAGUUGCUGAUCCACAAGCAUUCAAUAAUUCAUUUAUUCAACAACGUCAACAAGCGAUUAACAAUCAGUCUUAUCGUUUAACUAUUCAAUCAUGGCGUCCAAAUUCACUUGAACAAUUAGUUAAUGCUGUAAAAUCUUUAUCAGAAAAUAAAUCAUCAGUAGAUUGCAAUUGGAUUAUUUUCUAUUGGAUUGCGUAUAAUAUUGAAUACGAUACUGUGUCUUAUUUUAGCAAAAACUAUAAAGACCAAACAGCUGAAGGUGUAUUUCGAACAAAAAAAGGUGUUUGUGCUGGUUAUGCAAAUAUAUAUAAAUAUCUGUGUGAUCAAUUGAAUAUACCAUGUGAAAAAAUCAGUGGUUAUUCGAAAGGUUAUGGAUUUGAUGAACGUGAAGGUGCACCUGAUGAGGUAGAUCAUGCAUGGAAUGCUGUUGAAAUUGAUCAUCAUUGGUAUUUGAUUGAAUCAACAUGGGGUGCUGGACAUCUUACAGAACAAAAAACUUUUCAACAUGAAUUAGAAUCUUAUUAUUUUUUUGCUCGUCCUAAUGAAAUGAUUUAUCAUCAUUUACCUGAAAAUGACAAAUGGCAAUUAUUACGAAAACCAAUUAAUAUGAAACAAUAUUUACGAAUGCCUAAAAUCCAUCCUAUUUAUUUUCAAUUGAAUCUUGAUUUGAUUAGUCCACGUAAUCAAGCUUAUGUUGAUCUCCUUCCAGAAAAAUCAUAUGCCUUAGUUCUUAUACGAGUACCAUCUGAUGUUCGACUAAUAGCAGAUUUAAAAUUACAUAAUCAAAAAAUUGAAGGUGGUCAUCGUGUUGUAUUUGAUAACAAAAAACAAAUGUAUUGUUGUUAUUUUGCUCCGAAUACUAUUGGUAAACAUAAAAUUACAAUUUAUGGGAAACGAGGUGAUUCAAAAGAUAAAUACAGUGGAGCGCUUGAUUUAACUCUUAAUGUUAAUGAAAUACCAAAAAAUCCAAUCAGCUUUCCAGAAACAUGGCAGAUAUUCUUUGAUUUAAAUCUAAAUGUAAUUUCACCGAAAAAUACACAUUUGAUUAAAGUACAUAAUGGACAAAUACACGCAGAAAUUGUAAUUCAAACACCUAACAAUGUCGAAUUACUUGGACGGCUUGUAAAUAUUCAGAACGAAAAAAUAGAAGGUGGACAUGAAGUAUUUUAUGAUCGACAUAAAAAUUUCUGGCGAUGCAAAUUUGCACCGAAUUGUAAUGGGAUAUUCGAUGCUGAAAUUUUGGCCAAGAAAAAAACAGAUACAGGUCAUUACACAUCUGCUGUAACAUUUAAGAUCGAAGCUAAAAAUAUUCCAACACCACCAUUAUCCUAUCCACAGACGUGGCCACUCUUCUAUGAGCUUGAUCUCAAAAUAGAAACACCACGACAUCGUUCUACUGCUGUAUGGCCUGAGAAUGCAUCUUUCACUGAAAUUCGUAUGUCAGCACCUAAUGAUGUUGAAUUCUCAUGUGGCAUCGAAUUUAAUGGCAAUAAAGAAGAAAGCUGUACAUUAGCACAAUUUGAUAAUAAUAAACAACAAUGGCAAUUUUUGUUUGCACCUCAACGUACAGGUCUACAUAAACUCAUUGUUUAUGCUCGACGUCUAUCUGAUUUUCAAACAUCGUACGGUGCAGUUGCAGAGUUCGAUCUCAACGUAACAAAACUUCGAAAACCAAUUAAAUUUCCUCUAACAUAUUCGAAAUUUCCAACUUAUAAAUGUCGAAUUUAUGAACCACUUCAUGGUGUACUUAAGAAAGAUGCUAUUGUGCCAAUUCAUUGUGUUAUUCCUGGAGCAACUGCAGUUGACUUACAAGUUGACUCUAACUGGAUUAACACAAACGGAUAUGAAGAUCCUAUUUUAAAAACAGAGAUAACAGUUGGUUCAAAAGAUGUAGCUAUCUAUGCUAAAUAUGGCCAAAAUACAAGCUAUGAUGGACUUGUUCGAUAUUCUGUUGAAUAA